ACUUGGAGGAUCUGCAGUCUUUUCAUAUCUAGCAUGAAAUGCGCUGCAUGGUUUCCUCGCUUUUGUGUUGUUUAACUUCGAAGUUCGAAGCUCCCGUGCGCAUCUGUGGCGUCGCUGCAACUCGGCCUACGUUGGUGGGAGUACCCCCUGCAAAGGUCCCUUUUUUGCAGUGCAGAUCCAGUAGUUGGAGUUGUUGUACAGCGAGCGCGAGAGGGAGAGGGAGAGGAGUGUGAGCGCAGCAGCUGGCUGAGCAAACAGAGGCAGAAACAUUAGGUUAUCUUCCGAGACUAUCAGACAUCGACCUGUCACUUUUGCCGCUUCGUGCCGAGUCCCCGUAUACUUGAAGAGGAGGACCACAACCACAGCAGCAGCAGCAGCAGCGCCCUGGUCUGGUCGAGCAGCCGCCAGUGAAGAACUCCCAAACGCGGUCGUCUCAGCUGGCAUGAGCUAACCUACCAGGCAGACAUGGAAACCAAACCGUUCUUGUCAUUGGAACACUGAACUGUGGCACCAGAUCCGAAGCACUGAACACAUCAUGAAUCACUUACAGUGGUACUAUAUGCAAGGGUUCCUGAAGCCCCAGUGCUCGUUGGCUCCGCCCAUGCAGCGAGGUCGCUCAGGAGAGGCUUGUUCCUGUUUCAGUGGCAUGUGUCCCCUCCACCAGCGUCGCCUAUCUUCAGACUCGUCGGGCCAGGUGACCUCCUCGCCGCUGGGCUCACCCACAUCCCACCGGGGAAUGCAUCCGUCUCUGCUCAGCCCAACGUCCAUGGGGCCCUCCGGCUCUCUUCACUCUCCCAUCAGCACGCUGAGUUCGCCCAUGAACGGCCUGGCCUCACCCUUCUCCGUCAUCAGUUCGCCGAUGGGUCCCCACUCCAUGAACUCGCCCGGCAUGGGCUACGGCCCCAGUGUCAGCCCCCAGCUGAACUCUCCGAUGAACUCGGUCAGCAGCACGGAGGACAUCAAGCCCCCGCUGGGCCUCAACGGCGUGAUGAAGGUGCCCGCCCAGCCCUCAGGCACGGUCCUGUCGCUCACCAAACACAUCUGUGCCAUCUGCGGUGACCGCUCCUCAGGUAAACACUACGGGGUAUACAGCUGUGAGGGCUGCAAAGGUUUUUUCAAAAGGACGGUGCGCAAAGACCUAACCUACACGUGUCGUGACAACAAGGACUGUGUCAUUGAUAAGCGCCAGAGGAACCGCUGCCAGUACUGCCGCUACCAGAAGUGUUUAGCCAUGGGCAUGAAGAGAGAAGUUUUGUUACAUGCAGCCGUUCAGGAGGAGCGCCAGCGAGCCAAGGAGAGAAAUGAGAACGAGGUGGAGUCCACCAGCUGCGCCAACGAGGACAUGCCCGUGGAGAAGAUUCUGGAAGCAGAGCAGGCAGUGGAACCCAAAACCGAGACCUACAUUGAGACCAACCUUGGUGUGCCAUCCAACUCGCCCAACGACCCAGUGACAAAUAUCUGUCAGGCGGCAGAUAAACAGCUCUUUACCCUGGUUGAAUGGGCCAAGAGGAUCCCCCACUUCUCUGAGCUGCCGCUGGAUGACCAGGUCAUCCUCCUACGAGCAGGUUGGAAUGAGCUCCUCAUUGCAUCAUUUUCGCACCGUUCGAUAACGAUUAAAGACGGGAUUCUGUUGGCGACCGGGCUGCACGUCCACCGAAACAGCGCCCAUAGUGCCGGAGUAGGAGCCAUCUUUGACAGAGUGCUCACAGAACUGGUGUCAAAGAUGAGAGACAUGCAGAUGGAUAAGACAGAACUGGGGUGCCUUCGAGCUAUAGUCCUUUUCAACCCAGACUCUAAAGGUCUGUCCAACCCUGGUGAGGUAGAAGCUCUGAGAGAGAAAGUGUAUGCGUCUUUAGAGGCCUACUGCAAACAGAAGUACCCCGAGCAGCCUGGCAGAUUUGCCAAGCUGUUGCUGCGGUUACCAGCGCUGCGCUCCAUCGGCCUCAAGUGUCUGGAGCACUUGUUCUUCUUCAAGCUCAUCGGCGACACGCCCAUCGACACCUUCCUCAUGGAGAUGCUAGAAGCCCCGCAUCAAAUGACAUAAUAGCAGAGGGGGUUGAGCGCUCCUCCCCCUCCCUCCUCCCCCACAUCUCCCUCCAACCCUGGAUCGGGAGCCGGGUCCUUUUCAAAAUCCUGUCUCUAGCAAGGGACCGAUCACUUGGCGACUUUGAAUGGAGGACCUCUACCCUCCCUUCUCUCCUCGGCUCCCUUCUGAUGUGUUUUAAAACAAUGAAUUCAUCAUGUCAAUGGGUCUGUUUUAUACCUUGUAAAAACAAAGGUUAUAUAUAUAUAUAUAGUCACUUGUGUUUUUGCGUGAUUUUCAUAUGAAAAUCACGCAAAAACACAAGUGACAACAGUGGACUGAUAUAAGGUUGGACAGAGGACAAAAGAAACGUAUUGAGCCAUCGUUUUCAUCCUUGCUUUUUCUGCACCUUAACAAGAAACAGCAGAGAUGAUCAGGUUUUAACACCCACAGUUAUGCUUGCAGGUAUAUUUAAAAAAUAACGGCGGUGAUGUCAUAUUUGGACACUCAGCGUUGUGAUCGGGACAAUCGUGGACUUGGAGAGGCUGCGGCUUUCUAGACGUGGACCUGAGCCCUAUCUCUCUCUUUCAGGACUGAACUUACUUCGAGGAGGGACUGUGGGGGCACAGUAUGUCUGCUUAAAAGGAACUUGUCUGUUCCUGCCUGACUCCACUGAACACGUCAGGUCUUGCACUAGCUAGUUUUUGAAGUGUGAGCUUUCUGGAGUAGAACUUGGUGGUGGGUUGACAAGACUGCAAGUGCUCAUAAACCUCAGGUCUCUGCCCAGUCCCAACAAAUGCAACCAUGUCUUACUCCAUUAGCACUGUGCAACAUCGGGGAGGAUGACACACUAAUCGGCCCUUCAGUUAAUGUUAAUUGAUUGACCAGUUGAGUUGGGAGAGCUUGUUAUGUACAAUCUGUGCAGAGCCUCUGCACGCAGGAAGAUGCAGGCUGUAGUAAAUUAGCCCUGCGUUUGCGUUAUGCUGCAGGAUGCUCUGAAAGGCUACCAGCAGGCGCAGGGACUUUUGUCAUCCUAUAUCAAAAAUUUGGCCUUUGUCGAAACCUCACAGCAAACUUGGAUGGCUGGAAAGUGAGCACACGGUCUCAUCUGUGGGGGGAAUGUCGUAAUUUCGCCGGCCUCUGAGCUCCUUUUUCGUCCCUUCUCCAACCUCUCCACUUCUCAUUUCACGUGAAUUUCAGCACACCAUUUACACCUCCACACUCAGAAAUCUCUCUGCUCAGCGCAGCGGGUAUUAGCUUUUCGAAACACCUCAUAUCUACCUGUGCAGAAGGUUACAACCGUAUACAGUAUUUUAACAGCACCAAUGCACAACAUGUACCUCUGUUUUCAUCCCUCAGACCGUCAGUUCUUAACACUCAUCUAACCUUUUACAGUAUGCGGGAGAAGUCGCUGCAGCAGAGCCAUUAUUUGUUUAUUUGUUUGUUACUUGGCACUUAACCUCAUGACAGCGGAGUCGGGUUCCUAAACUGAGAGCUGAUGUUGAUGUAAUCGACCUCUGAGGUGGAAUUUGGCCCAGGCCCAAUCAGGAACGCCCCAAUUGUUUUCCUCCUCAGAGGGACAUACACAUUUGCUCUAUCUGCACUUCUCUGGACAACAAAGUGUCAUUCAAGUCGGACUGAAAUGUUAAAUAUCUGUUGUUGUGUAUAAAUAUGUUUUGUGCCCAUAUUCUGCUUUUUCCCCCCUUUUUGUCCUUUUCUCUAAAUGCUGCAGCUGCUGCAAAACUAUGCAUCAAGUGCAUUUCCAAAGACUGUCCACAGACGGGUGCAUGUUAGUAUGGCUUAAACAGGUCGGAUACAUGUUAAAACAAGUGUUUGUGAGGUGUGGGUCCGCCGUAAUAUUUUCCUGGACUGGAGUAAAUCUCUUAUUUAGGUUAGUUUCCCCUCUAUUCGGAUAAUUUGGAAGUCAUUCUGUACUGGUUUAUUCACCAUUUACUGCUACACAGAAAACAAACAGCUACCAGCCCUCAUGUGAAAGUGUGUAAUGGAAUAGUGGAGCAUAGCCGAGUUUAAGGACAUGUUUAAUAAUAGCUAUUGCCUAUUGUCGUACGAUAUGACAAACGGACUAAAAGAGAAUUAAAUCAAGGAUUUUCUCCCUGUAUCUGCAUAUUCGUCACUCUUUCAUAAGCACCUUAACAUAACCUGGACUUGAAAGAAAAGCAAAAACAAAUCCUAACCAGAGCACUGUGUUUUCAUUAUCCUUUGAUAAACUGAGAUGGUCAAUGGUCUGAGGUGUAUGGAGUCUCGUGUACCAUGUCAGUAAUCAUUUUUCAGUGUUUAACUCAUAAAAUGUAAUAACAUGUAAUGGAUUUGCAUUUCAGUUAUGCAUUGAAAAACUCAAAGUAAAAAAACCCACAAGAUUA